AUGGCCCGUGCCGCGGCGGCUCUGCAGGUCCAUCGCCCAGGUCCAGCCGGCGUCCUGCGCGGUGACGGUGGUGUAGCUGCGCAGCGCGUCAUGCGGCCGAGCGUAGGCCACCGGCAGCGCGACGGCGCGGUCACAGGGCAGCACGUCGCCGAACGACACCCAGGGCACGCCCAGCGCCUGCUGCAGCAGCAGCGAUGGCGAGCCGGUGCAGUCGAUGAAGAAGCUGGCCGCAUGGCGCUGGCCGUUGGCGAGCUCCACCGACUCGAUGCCCUGCUCGCCGCGGUGCACGCGCACCACCUCGCCGGGCACGUGGCGCACGCCGCGCUCCAGCGCCGUCUGCUGCAGCAGCAUGGCCAGCCGGCUGGCGUCGAGCUGGUAGCCGUAGCUGACCGGCGCCUGGUAGUCGGGCGAGUCCAUCAGCUUGGGCGAGAGGUGGCCGUCGAACAGCGUCGUCUGCACCGUGCAGGCCUGCGCCAUCGGCUGCUGCGUGAGGCCUCGCUGCAGCAGGUUGAGCCAGUGCGCGGUUGUUGCGAAGCCGUGGAAGGGCGGCGGGAUGUCGAAGGGGUGGUCGAACGAGUCCUCGGGUGCCACGCCGCCGCUGCGCCAGCCGUUGAAGCGGAUGCCGUUGGUCAGCGUCGCGUCGGAGGCCGCGAACAGCGCGCUCUCGGGCAAGCCGAGCGCCUGCAGCGUGUGGCGCAGCGUCGGCACGGUGGCUUCCUCGGCGCCGAGCGCGGCGCUGUGCGGCGGCUCGAUCAGUGUGAUGGGCAGGGGGCUCUGGCGCGCGGCGCCCAGCGUGCGCUGCAGGUAGCAGGCGGCCAGCCAGCCGGUGGUGCCGCCGCCGACGAUGACGAGGGAUUGGAUGUCGGACACAGCGCGAACUCCGAAAAACUUCGGCCACGACCUUACGACUGCUCCCGGCCCGCGCGACGACGGCCCGGCCGCGGGCAAGGCGCGCCUCAAGACCGGCACGCUGCGCGAUGCGGUGGGCCUGGCGGGCUUUGUGCCGGACGCCAAUGGCAAGCCCUGGGUCUUCGUCGCGCUGCUCAACCACCCGGAGGCGGCGAAGAAGGGCCGACCGGUGCUGGAUGCGUUGGCGGACUGGGUGGCGGCGCAGCGGUGAUGGAAGCGCCCUUGGUUGCGAAGGUUCGCUUCGAACUCCUCCCCGGUGAGGUGAGCGGGAAGACUCGGGGCUAUCUCUCCAACGUUCGUCCGAAUCACUACAUCGCCGAGCUCGGCUACACGGUCAUCGGGAAUGUUGUCUUCGACGAUGGCACCGUGGCGCUCGGUGAAGCCGCAAGUGCAACCAUCUCGUACGUUCAUCACGAGCCAUUGGCCCGCGUUCUGAUUCCGGGGUUGCGCUACGAGCGUCAAGCUGCCGUAGCCCUCGCCCGGUUCGCACUUCGUGAAGCGGCCCAGCGCGACGCCGGCCAGUUGCGACAACGCGCCGCACAGCCGCAGCGUGGAGAGGCAGCGGUCGAUGCGGUAGAUGUACUCGUUGAUGUCUUCGAGGAACAGGAUCGCGCCGCGGCAGUCGGGGAAGUAGGCCGAGCCGGCGAGGGACGCGAGCACGCCGGCCACCGGGCUGUGGAAGGUGACGAGGCCGGUCUGGCGGUGGAUGGCGUUGACGAGGCUGGUCAGGUCGCUGAAGCCGCCGAAGAACUUGGGCUUGCGGCGGAUGAGGUCGUAGUCGAGCUUGUCGACGAUGCGGUUGCAGCCCGAGCCGCCGGAUUGACGCUGCGCCAGCGGGCUCGCUAUGUUGCUCGAUCUCGCGAGGAGAUCGACAUGAAGCUCGGCCUGAUUGCCCUCUUCACAUUGGCGCUGCUGUGUGGCUGCGUCAGCACGACGCCCAGCGCCAGCCUGGAAGACACGAAGAACUGCACGGCGAUGGUCGCCGGCGGUUUCCGCAAGGUGGCCGACGAGCGCAGCGAGCGCUUCAACGGCAAGGUCGGCGAGGCGGUGGCGCGCUGCCGUGGCGGCGACAAGGCGGCGGCCUUCCGCGCCACACCCUACGUCGACUGGGCCAACUACUGGGCCACGGGCGAUGCCGGCACGCUGCUGCCGGGCACGACGGGCGUCGGGCUCCACAUCGGCGCCAACGGCCGCGGUGUGGACGGCGCGCUGCUGGACCUCGAAUACCAGCGCAUGGAGCUGAUCAAGUUCAACCUGUUCGACAACUCGGGCACCUUCACCGACUACGCGCUCGGGCGCGACGGCGUGCCCGGCACGGCCAUCAAGAGCUGGCCCUCGAUGCGGCUGCCGGCGAGCUCGCCGUUCUAUGCCGCUGUGGGCGGUGACGGGCCGCAGCUUUGCCAGGGCGAGCUGAUCCGCUGGCGCCAGCUCAGCGGCAUCUGCAACGACCUCGUCAACCCGCGGAUGGGCUCCAGCGGCAUGCUGUUCGCGCGCAACGUGCAGUUCGAGGCGACCUACCCCGACGCCAGCGACGACCCGCUCGCACGCAACCGCCACGGCGAUCGGCUGAGCCUGCUGCAGCCCGACCCGCAGCUCAUCAGCCGCAAGCUGUUCACGCGCGCGCAGAGCGACCCCAGCAAAUGCCGCGACGGCCAGGGCCUGCCCGGCGCGGCAGUGGAGGCGAACUGCGACUACCAGAAGGCGCCGUUCUUCAACGUGCUGGCGGCGUUCUGGAUCCAGUUCAUGACGCACGACUGGUUCUCGCAUCUGGAAGAAGGCCGCAACGCGCCGCAGUGGAUGCCGGCGGUUGCGGCGCCAGCGCUCCAGCGGCAGCCCCAGGGAGCGGGACGGCGUCUUGAACGACGUCAGCGUCACGCCGCUGUUCAGCAGCAUGCCGGCAACGAGGCCGCCGGCCAUCAGCAGGCCCGUGCCGACCAACCAGAAGAUGCCGUGGCCGGCCGCGAUGACGGGGUCGCCGAACAUCGCCAGGCAGGCCGCGCCGACGAGCGUCGACACCAGCGCGACGCGCGUCCACAGCGCCUGCUUCAGGUUGUCCUUGAGCCAGCGCUGCGUCUCCAGGUCCAGCCCGAGAUGCUGCAGCCAUGGCGGGCCCAGCACGCCCUGGUUGCGCGCCAGCAGCGGAUGCAGCAGCAGGAACAGCCAGCGCACGGUCCAGCUGCGGUGGGCGGCGCGCAAUGCCUGCAGGCCGAGCAGCGGCGCGGCCAGCGCGCGCACGGCGGGGUCGACCGCCUGGGGGCGCAGGCGGCUGUCCAACGCGUCGUGCAACGCCUGCGCGAGCUCCGGGCCGAGCUGGCGCGCGGUGCGGAAAUCGCUGAGCCAGCCGAAGUGCGCGUCUAG